AUGAAACGAGAGAUGGCUUCUCGCAAAAUACAUCUCCAAUGUCCCAUCGCGACAAUUAACGUCUCAUUUCUCAGAAAGGUGGUCUUCUGGACAUUUCUGAUCGCGUGUCUUCCAUCCUGUUCUGGAAAAAGUGAUGAUGAAGACUAUGAAGAUUUGAUUCUUAACAAAACAUGGGUAUUGACACCAAAAGUUUAUGAAAGUGAUGUUACUCUUAUUUUAAACAAUUUAUUGGAAGGGUAUGACAAUAAACUCAGGCCUGACAUAGGAGUGAAGCCAACAAUAAUUGGUACUGACAUGUACAUAAAUAGCAUUGGUCCAGUGAAUGCUAUCAAUAUGGAGUAUACCAUUGACAUAUUUUUUGCCCAAACGUGGUAUGAUAGACGUCUCAAAUUUAAUAGCACAAUGAAGGUCCUCAGACUCAACAGCAACAUGGUUGGCAAAAUAUGGAUACCAGACACAUUCUUUAGAAAUUCCAAGAAGGCUGACGCCCAUUGGAUAACAACUCCAAAUAGAAUGCUUCGGAUAUGGAAUGAUGGAAGAAUAUUGUACACGCUAAGAUUGACAAUUGAAGCUGAAUGCCAACUACAACUGCAUAACUUCCCAAUGGAUGAGCACUCAUGCCCUUUGGUAUUUUCGAGUUAUGGCUACCCCAAAGAUGAAAUAAUAUAUCAGUGGGCAAGAUAUCGUUCUGUUAUCUUUGGAGAGCCUCGCUUUUGGAGGCUGUAUCAGUUUGCGUUUCUUGGAUUGAGAAAUACAACAGAUCUCGUCAGGACUACUUCUGGAGAUUAUGUUGUGAUGUCCGUGUACUUCGAUCUUAGCAGACGAAUGGGCUACUUCACUAUUCAGACCUAUAUCCCUUGCACAUUGACUGUUGUUUUAUCCUGGGUAUCAUUUUGGAUCAAUAAGGAUGCAGUACCAGCCAGAACAUCAUUAGGCAUCACAACUGUCCUGACUAUGACGACACUGAGCACGAUUGCACGUAAAUCCCUGCCCAAGGUUUCCUAUGUCACUGCUAUGGACCUCUUUGUGUCUGUUUGCUUUAUAUUUGUGUUUGCUGCACUAAUUGAAUAUGGGACCUUGCAUUAUUUUGUCAGUAAUAGAAAGCCCAGCAAAGACAAAGACAAAAAGAAGAAGAAUCACCUUCUUCGGAUGUUUUCAUCAAAGGCGCCUACUGUGGAUAUCCGCCCUGGAUCAUCCGCUGUCCAAAUGAACAAUGCCUCACACCUGCAAGAGAGGGAUGAAGAAUAUGGAUACGAGUGUCUGGAUGGCAAAGACUGCACCAGUUUCUUUUGCUGUUUUGACGAGUGUCGCACAGGAGCAUGGAGGCAGGGGAGAUUACACAUCCGUAUCACCAAAGUUGACUCGUAUGCUCGUAUCUUCUUCCCUACAGCUUUUGGUUUGUUUAACCUGGUCUACUGGGUAGGCUACCUUUAUCUGUAA